AUGAGCGCACAAAGAGAGACAUUUGGUGAUGGGGAAUUACAGAAUAACAAUCAUCAGGGCAGCGUGCUGGCUGACGGUGAUGCCAACGCCAAUGAAAUCCAGACAGAGGGUGGCGGGAUGACGGGCGAUACUGGCAAUACUGGCGAUACUGGCGAUACUGGCACUCUGACUGGGACUGAAACGGCACAGCAGGACAAAGUCAUCAUCUGGGGUACAGACUCCCAGUGUGACGACCCCGAUCUGGUUGAGUUUGAGAUGCUGGAGUGUCAGGAGCUGGAGGCGACCCUGGUUGAGGAUGGAGAGGACUUUGUGGGGAAGAAACCACUUCAAGGGCGGCUUUUGUCAUGCAGCAAAGCUACAGUAGAACAAGUACCGGAUAAUAAGAGCAGUGAAGAGAGAGAGUCUGUUCUGCAUGGUGCCAGUGAGUGGGAAUCCAGUGCCUCUGCGUCCAGGACUGAGUUAAGCUCAGAAACCGACGCCUUUGUAACCUGCCUGUCCACCAUUUCAAGCAUGGACACUGCUAUGGACACUGCUGGCAGGACCCAGACGACAGACUCUUGGAACAUGGCCUCUGGUCCUUACUCAACUAUCUCAGAAGACUUGACUCUGGUUUCCCAGAAUGACAACACCAUCACUGAAAGAGGCAAGGCCACUGCUCAUCCUUCCCCCUCCUCUGGAAAGAGCACAAUACACAGGAACGGUGUGGACGUGAAUUUGAAUUCAACGGUUCACUCAGAGGACGUGGAAUCGCAGGCACAAGUGGACAAUGGAGUCGAUCUGUGUGAGAGUGUCACUCAUGAGCACAGGAAGAACCAAAACCAGAGAAAUAAAGCAGGGAAUACCAUUUCAGAGGGAGAAUGUUAUCGAAGGAGAAGUACAGAGCACAAAGGUUUACACGCUGCAUUAACAUCUCGUGAAGAAAGCACUAAAAUGGAUAAAGGCACACAAGCUGAUGAGGCCCAUAUUGUGAACUACAGCCCGCCCCAAAUGGGUACAAAGGGGACUCAUCCAUCAAUUGAAUCUAAAGCCACAAAGAAACAAGGAUCAUUUGAUAACUCGUUUAAAAAACAAAACUCAUUUGACAAGAGUUUCAAAAAGCAGCCGUCAUUUGAGAAUACUUCAAAGAAGCAGCUUUCCUUUGAGAACAGCCUAAAAAAGCAGGGCUCCUUUGAGAACACUUUCACCUACAGCUCUUCAAGUCUGGAGAGGAGGAAGCCAUGGGGGAGCCCCAGUCGACCAGCCACUCCUACUUCCCCUAAACCAACCUCCUGUUCCCCCAAGAGACGACCGCCUGCUUCUCCAGCCAAGGUCCAGAGCAUCAGGGAACUGAGCUUGGAGCGCAGUGACUCCCCUCAGAGAGGUUUAAGUCAAACAGCAAGACCUUCAGGAAAGACAAGUUUGAGCAGUUGCAUCCCCAAACCUGUCCCGUCUCAGCAGAAAGAGCCUGAACUCAGGAGGACUUCUCCUCCCCAGAAGCCUAAAAAUGUCCGACCAAAAAUCAUUACCUAUGUUCGUAAGAAUCCUCAAGCAAAACCCCCAGGGAUAGAUGCCCCAUUCGAAGCCUCUGCACUCCCACAGAGACUAUCUUCUUACUACAGCCAACCGGCUCAAAAAGAUCCAAAGGUUGGUCCUCAACCUAAAUCCACAUCGGUGUUAUGUUCCUCCAACCUGCUGUUUGACAAAUAUCGACAGGAGAUGCAGAAGGCGGGGUACUAUCCUCCAGGCAUGGCUGCGACUGGGGCGAAACCUCCAAGCAGCUCCAUCCCUCAAAGGCUGAGUGGAAAGUCGGGCAGUUUUCAUGAGGAAAUGUCUGAGAAAUAUCUCAGAGAGGUGAACAAUGGUCUUUUGAAUCCAUUUUAUCAUGUUUCCCAAGAAGAAGGCAGUGUCUACCGCUCACCCAGAGCUUUGAGGCCUCAGCUGGGGUUGGGGGCAGUCACCAGGCAGCCAGCAGCCAAGACAAGAGUUCAGCAGACAGGUCAAAGGUCAGCCCCGGUCCCAGGCCAGUCUGCUCAGGGAGUCGAAGCGUCCACCAGUGGCUACCCGGACCCUGCAGAGCAAAAGAGAUCAGGAGAGAGAGGUUCAGAAACCAUCCCCAAGAGUGCCCUGCUCAAAUCAGGCCAGUCUGGUCUCCGACCUCCGGGCUUCUCCGCCUUGCCAGCUGCCCGUAUGGCCACCUUCGGCUUUGUCCGGACCUCCAGUGUCUCCUCUGUAUCCAGCAACCAGUCCAACGAAAGCAGUCACAGUGAUUCCUGCCACUCCUCUCAGCUUCGUGGGCGGACAGCAGCAGUUCACGGAGCUGUUCGGACUGAGAGGGCCCAGGAGUUGGACCGGGUUCUGAUCCAGCAGCUGCAGGAACGCUGUGAGCAGCAGGACCUGCAGCUGCAGAGCCUUCAGGCCCAGUUAAAGAAGGCCUCCCUGUGCCUGGACGUCUUCAGCAUCACUACCCAGCACUUCUGUCUAAAGAGCGAGAGUGCCAUUGUGAAGGAGAGGGAACUGUCCCUGGAGCUCGCCAGAAUCAGGGAUGAAGUGGCGUUCAGUGUUGCACACUGGGAGCAACUGCAGCGGGAGAAGGAGGAACUGGAGCGUCGCUUUGAGGCCGAGCUGCAGGGAUUGCGGGCUCAGCAGCAGAGGGAGCUGGGAGUGCUGGAGGAGCGGCUGAAGACGCAGCACGUGGCUGAGGCCAAGAGCCUGCAGGCCCAACUACGAGCCGAGCUGGAGGACCUUCGGGUCAGACAGCAAGAGCAGAUUGAGGAGAUGAGUGAGAACCACGAGGCUUCCUUGAUCGAGAUGGAGACGGCUCACGAUGACACACUGGCCACGCUGCAGGAGGAGCAUGCCCGGACCGUGAAGAAUCUGAAGAUGGCCCACGAGCAGCAGACCAAGUCUCUGGGAGAAGAGUUUGAAAAGAUCAGACUUUCAAUGCAGGAUCAGGUGGACACAAUGACGUUUCAGAACCGUAGCCUCAGAGAUCGAGCCAAGCGCUUUGAAGAAGCUCUGCGCAGGAGCACAGAUGAGCAAAUUGUGGAUGCUUUGGCACCGUACAAACACAUUGACGAGGACCUGAAAAGUCUGAAAGAAGUUCUGGAGAUGAAGAAUCAACAAAUUCACCAACAGGAACUGAAGAUCUCAGAACUCGAGAAAAUACAGGCUGAAAAGAAUGUGUACCUGGAGGAGAGAGUACAAGUGUUACAGCAGCAGAACGAGGACCUGAAGGAGAGAAUAGACAAGAACCUGGUUGUGUCCAGGCAACUCUCUGAAGAUAAUGCCAACCUGCAGGUCAAUGUGGAGAAGGAGAGCAACGAGAAGAAGCGGCUGAGCCGCAAUAACGAGGAACUGCUGUGGCGUCUUCAGACAGGCGAGCUGAGUCCUCGUAUGUCCCCAAGCUCCUCCCCCCUCCAUCGGCCCUCCUCCGGACCGGGUUCUCCUGCCCGCCCACACUCCUACCAUCAAUGA